GCUGCUGCCCCUCUGUUUGUGUUGGAAGCUCAGCUGAUGCAGGCCAGCCCGAGUGGACGUCAAUGCCGGGAAGGAGCCAGUCUCCACUGCCGCCCAAGUGACUGCGGCCUGCAUUCGUAAUGCAAGAAGUCUUUGUGGGAAGCAGAGAAGCAAGCAACUGCAUUUCUUGUUUGCAUCUAAACAUUACUGGAGGAUAAGUCACAUCAGUCUACAAAGAGGUUUUCAUACAAGCAAAAUAAGAUGUAAAUGGACCAAAAGUCAAGCACAUUCUUGCAGUAAGCACUGUUACUCUCCAAGCAACCAUGGUUUACAUAUUGGAAUUUUGAAACUUAGCACUUCUGCCCCUAAGGGACUUACAAAAGUGAGCAUUCGUAUGUCCCGUAUUAAAAGUACUUUGAACUCUGUUUCAAAGGCUGUUUUUGGCAGUCAAAAUGAAAUGAUUUCACGUUUAGCUCAAUUUAAGCCGAGUUCUGGAAUAUUAAGAAAAGUAACAGAUAGUGGCUGGUUAAAACAGAAAAACAUUAAACAAGCCAUCAAAUCUCUGGAAAAAUAUAGUGAUAAAUCAGCAGAAAAGAAUCCUUUUCCAGAAGAGAAAAGUCAUGUUAUAGAUAAAGAAGAAGAUACAGGUAAACAAAGUGUUUUUCAUUACACAAAUUCUAUAACCACAAAAUUUGGAGAAUCAUUCUACUUUUUAUCAAAUCAUAUUAAUUCAUAUUUCAAACGUGAGGAAAAAAUGUCUCAAGAAAAGGAAAAUAAACAUUUCCUGAACAAAUCAGAACUUGAAGGUAAAAACGUUGAAGAAGGGAAAUCAAGUUCUCCAGAUCCUGGCAUCUUGACUGAUAAGCCAGGCUCAAAAUCUUCUUUAGAUCCUGGGGACAAGCCUGCAAGUCCCAGUGGGAUACCUGAGGUUCUUCCAGUGUCUACUAAACAAAGUAUUGCUAACUUUCUUUCUCGUCCCACCGAAGGUGUACAAGCUUUAGUAGGUGGUUAUAUUGGUGGACUUGUCCCCAAAUUAAAGUAUGAUUCAAAGAGUCAGUCAGAAGAACAGGAAGAACCUGCUAAAACUGAGCAGGCUAUCAGCAAGGACAAAAAUGCAGAGGAGAAAAAGCGUUUAUCUCUUCAGCGAGAAAAGAUUAUUGCAAGAGUGAGUAUUGAUAACAGAACCAGGGCAUUAGUUCAGGCAUUAAGAAGAACAGCUGACCCAAAGCUCUGCAUUACUAGGGUUGAAGAAUUGACUUUUCAUCUUCUAGAAUUUCCUGAAGGAAAAGGAGUGGCUGUCAAGGAAAGAAUUAUUCCAUAUUUAUUACGACUGAGACAAAUUAAGGAUGAAACUCUUCAGGCUGCGGUUAGAGAAAUUUUGGCCUUAAUUGGUUACGUGGAUCCAGUGAAAGGGAGAGGAAUCCGAAUUCUUACAAUUGAUGGUGGAGGAACAAGGGGUGUGGUUGCUCUUCAGACACUACGAAAAUUAGUUGAACUUACUCAGAAGCCAGUGCAUCAGCUCUUUGAUUACAUUUGUGGUGUAAGCACAGGUGCCAUAUUAGCUUUCAUGUUGGGAUUGUUUCAUAUGCCCUUGGAUGAAUGUGAGGAACUUUAUCGAAAAUUAGGAUCAGAUGUAUUUUCACAAAAUGUCAUUGUUGGAACAGUCAAAAUGAGUUGGAGCCAUGCAUUUUAUGACAGUCAAACGUGGGAAAAGAUUCUUAAGGAUAGAAUGGGAUCUGCACUAAUGAUUGAAACAGCAAGAAAUCCCACAUGUCCUAAGGUAAGCUUAGAGUCUCUUAAAUAUAACACCUAG